AUGAGCAUUUGUGUGUUGUGCAAUCGCACUUUCGGUAGCGACCAGGCACUCAGACAACAUGAAGAGGACUCACCAAAGCAUGGAACCUUUGACUGCAAGGCAUGCAAGCGCUCUUUUAGUAGCCAGGAUGCAUUGACUCAGCACCAAAACGAUUCUCCAGUUCACCAGAGAUCCAGAAGGGACUCAGUCACAGCAUCCACCACGCCUGUUCCCUUCACCCAAUACGUGCCUUUACUAUCCUCAACAUCUUCGAAUGUCCCUUCGGCAACACAUGAUGGCCAGCGCAGCCGCCACACCGCGACGGAAAACGGUUCACACACAAAUUCGACAUUCGACACGAAUUACAUCCCACUUGAAGACACUUUGCAGGCCCUCACUAUAUCGGAUGUUAAUACGACUACUGCACGACCAAAAAUUGGUCGAGCACGGGUUGCUAAACUACAAAAGGAGACGAGGACUUCCUUCACGUUUCCCGAACUGCACCAACGCAUUGCGGAAGCUGGCGCGCCCGCCAUAACGUCGACAUGGUUCAAUUCCAACACGAAGGCCCAUGCUGAGAAAGAGAAGGACACGAAUGUUAUAGGAAAGUUUACAUGCGUCAACGACCGAUGCGGAAAAGAUGGGUGGAGUAGUGGACUCGUCGCAAUCUGGAUUAGAGGAUACGAUCGUAACGGAUACAACGCUAUUGUGUUCAACCAGCGUUGCAAGUCUUGCGACUGGCUAGGAUGCCUCAAAAUGGAUGAACAAUCGUACGUAGAGCGGAUUGAGUAUAGACUCAAGAAAUGGGCAGGCGUAAGGGAUGAGGAGUCAACUUUUAGUCGUCACAAGCUACUCCGUGGCCCACAUGAACGCGAGCACUGCGAGGGUUGUAAGGCGGGACAUUGUGGACUGGCCCGACGAGAAGAUAUGUUUCCAUCAUAG